CUUACGUGGUAGGGGCAGGUUUCCUCGGGGCUGCAGGAGCUGCUAGCCCCGCCCAACAAGCAACAGAAAACAACGGUGACCUUUGACCCGACACGCGGAAUUUUCGCGCCAAAUACUAGUCCCUCAGACAGACCGACUGUAGUCGAGACCGAGCCUGCCAAACCCUUGACGUUUUACUUGACAUUCAGUGAAUGCAUCAGUGCAGCUAGUCAGGCUCUGACCAUGCUCUGACCAUGCUGGACAUCAUCCUGGCCACCGUGGCUGCCCAGUUUAUCGGGUUCCUGUGGUAUAACCCCAACACCUUUGGGAACAUGUGGCUCCAGCUGACCUAUCCACCCUACAGGAAACACGAGUUUGGGAAGUACCCGAACUCCGUCUGCUAUGGAUCAGCCUUUGCCUCGGCCCUGAGUGUGGCCCUGCUCUUGUCAUAUGUGCUACCAUACCUGGGUGCCACAACCCUGGGGGCAUCAGUGCAGUCUGCCCUGCUCCUGUCUGCGCUCACAACAGCUGUGGAGCUGCCACAUCUCACCUUUGGUGCCCAGGAGAUCGGCAUGUUUGCCAUAGACAAAGGCCACAACACCGCAGUCAUGGUUGUGCAGGCUAUUGUCCUCUUCCUGGUUUAGAGGUCAAUAUCCUACUAGCCCUUACAGCUUUUUAAACGAGUAAAGUUUAAGGUUCCUUCUUGAUGUAAUGAGAAGUACUCUUUUACCUUACAAAAUAUGUAGCUCCCUUGCUAUAUGCCCUUGUUUUAUCUGUUGUUCAGCAAGAAAUGCAAAGACAACCAUAUAAAGUAAAACACAGCAUUGUCUUGGAGUCAUCACACAGAGUUUUAUGUACAACCAUGGCUCCCUUCUACUAGUACCUCUAUGGUACAACUUUCAUGCAUCACACAGUAUAUACAUAUUGGGUUGCAUAGAACACUAUUUAGUGAUGCAGUGAUAGCAGUAAGGCUGUAACUAGUACAAUGAGUAUACAUGUAUAAUCUAUACCUAUAUCAUACAUAAAUGCUAUAUUAUAAAUUACAAUUUGUUAAAAUAAUUUGUACAAUUAUCAGUUCAUUUAUUUCUGUGUCACAUCAGGUCCUAAUGAGUAAAUCUGUAUCUAUCUUAUCAAGAUUGUUUAUGAUUGUAACAAGCAGUGAGGUAACUAAAAACAAGCCUGUUUUAGAAUGGUCUAUGAUGCAAUGAAUACAGGCUUAAUAAAAACAGAACUGAACAGUGCUAUUUCUGUGCUACGAUAAAAAAUAUACAUAUAUAAGCUCCAUUUAUAUGCAUUAGGCACUUGGGUAACAUAUUGCAGUAUAUACAUGGUGAGUUUCUUUUACGUUUAAAACAAUUUUACAAUGACAUGUAGCUACUUUCUAAGAAUGGUUCU